CCGCGCCGCCGCCGCGCUCCCUGCGCUAAGCGACGAGGAGGCAGCUGGGCGCCCUGCUCCCCACGCCGCGCGCGCCCGGAGUCCACGCGGGUCCCAGAACAAUCAACCAUGACGACUGAAUCCGGUUCAGACUCAGAGUCCAAGCAGGACCAAGAGGCAGAGCCCCAGGAGGCCGCGGGUCCACAGGGGCGUGCUGGGGCACAGCCACCCGGGCCGAGCCCGGAGCCUGCAGCGGAGCAGCAGGAAGCCGUGGAGCAGUUCGUGGCCGCUGCUGCACACAGCACCCCCGUGAGAAAGGAGGUCACUGACAAGGAACGGGAUUUUGCCGUUGAAGCUGCAAAACAGCUGGAGUAUCAGCAGCUUGAAGACGAUAAACUGUCUCAGAAAUCAUCUAGCAGCAAACUCUCUCGUUCUCCAUUGAAGAUUGUCAAAAAGCCUAGAAGCAUGCAGUGCAAAGUGAUAGUUCUGGACGGGUCAGAAUAUACCUGUGAUGUGGAGAAGCGCUCUAGAGGUCAAGUGCUGUUUGAUAAAGUAUGUGAACACCUGAACCUGCUAGAAAAGGACUACUUUGGGCUUACAUAUCGAGAUGCUGAAAACCAAAAGAAUUGGCUGGACCCGUCUAAGGAAAUAAAAAAACAGAUUCGAAGUGGUGCUUGGCACUUUUCAUUCAACGUGAAGUUUUACCCCCCAGACCCCGCCCAGCUUUCUGAAGAUAUCACCAGGUACUACCUCUGCCUACAGUUGCGUGAUGACAUCGUGUCUGGGAGGCUGCCUUGCUCCUUUGUGACUCUGGCCCUGCUGGGCUCUUACACUGUACAGUCAGAGCUGGGAGACUAUGACCCCGACGAAUGUGGAAACGAUUAUGUGAGUGAGUUCCGCUUUGCACCAAACCACACUAAAGAACUGGAAGACAAAGUGAUUGAACUGCACAAGAGCCACAGAGGAAUGACACCAGCAGAAGCAGAGAUGCAUUUCUUGGAAAAUGCCAAAAAACUAUCCAUGUAUGGGGUCGAUUUACAUCAUGCCAAGGAUUCAGAAGGAGUAGAAAUUAUGUUAGGAGUUUGUGCGAGUGGUCUGUUGAUAUAUCGUGACCGACUUCGAAUAAACAGAUUUGCCUGGCCCAAGGUUCUAAAAAUUUCCUACAAACGGAACAAUUUUUACAUUAAGAUCAGGCCAGGAGAGUUUGAACAAUUUGAAAGCACGAUUGGGUUUAAGCUGCCAAACCACCGAGCUGCCAAGCGUUUAUGGAAAGUAUGUGUUGAACACCAUACGUUUUUCAGACUGUUGUUACCAGAAGCACCUCCAAAGAAAUUCCUUACCUUGGGUUCCAAGUUCCGUUAUAGUGGCAGAACACAAGCCCAAACGAGAAGAGCCAGUGCGUUGAUAGAUCGUCCAGCCCCUUACUUCGAGCGCUCAUCCAGCAAACGUUACACCAUGUCUCGCAGCUUAGAUGGAGCGUCAGUGAAUGAAAACCAUGAAAUAUACAUGAAGGAUUCUAUGUCUGCUGCAGAGGUUGGUACUGGCCAGUACGCCACAACAAAGGGCAUCUCUCAGACCAACUUGAUCACCACUGUGACGCCCGAAAAAAAGGCCGAGGAGGAGCGGGACGAGGAAGAGGAGCAUCGGAAAAAGGCUGAGGAAGCCACACCCGUGGCGGCAGUCCGGCAUGAAGGAAAGUCACCCGGGCUUGGCACUGACCCAUGCCCCCUGUCACCGCCAUCAGCACAUAGCCCCCCCGCAUCUCCCACAAAGCUCCGCAGGAGGUGCAAGGAGAAGGACCGCGAGGCCAUGGGCUCCCAGCCCUGUAACGACCCCGUGCACGUGCACGGUGAGCCCGCCCUGGAGGCUGAUGGCAAAGGGAAGCCUUACCUGGGGGACCCAGAUGUGGCUUGUAACUACAAACAGCCAGCCGUCAGAGGGACCACCCUGUUUUCCUUCUCCUUGCAGCUUCCUGAGUCAUUUCCUUCUUUUCUAGAUGAUGAUGGGUACCUCUCUUUCCCCAACCUCUCUGAGUCCAACCUUCUCCCCCAGAGCUUGCAGCAUUACCUCCCCAUCCGCUCUCCCUCCCUGGUGCCCUGCUUCCUCUUCAUCUUUUUCUUCCUGCUCUCCGCCUCCUUCUCAGUGCCAUACGCCCUCACUCUCUCCUUCCCUCUGGCUAUGUGCCUCUGCUACCUGGAGCCCAAGGCGGCCUCCUUGAGUGCCUCACUAGACAAUGACCCGAGUGACAGUUCAGAGGAAGAGACUGACAGUGAGCGGACGGAUACCGCAGCCGAUGGGGAAACCACUGCCACCGAGUCGGACCAGGAAGAAGAUGCAGAGCUCAAGGCACAGGAGCUAGAUAAAACUCAAGAUGACCUGAUGAAACAUCAAACCAACAUUAGUGAGCUGAAAAGGACCUUUUUAGAAACCUCCACAGACACUGCCAUCACGAACGAGUGGGAAAAGAGGCUUUCCACGUCCCCCGUGAGACUGGCUGCCAGGCAGGAGGACGCGCCCAUGAUCGAACCACUUGUGCCUGAAGAGACUAAACAGUCUUCUGGUGAAAAACUCAUGGACAGCUCUGAGAUCCUCAGCUUACUAGAGUCUGCAAGGAAGCCGACGGAAUUCAUAGGAGGGGUUACUUCUACUUCUCAAAAAUGGGUUCAGAAAAUGGAAACCAAGAUGGGCUCCAGUGAAAUAGAGACAGAAGCAGCCCAGCACCACCAGCCACUCAGCACUGAGAAGGUUGUGCAGGAGACUGUGUUGGUGGAAGAAAGACACGUGAUGAGCGUGCACGCGAGUGGGGAUGCGUCUUACGCAGCUGGAGAUGACGUGGAUCUUGCCGUACAGGCAGCAGCUGAGGCUUCCAGCGUUAAGGAGAAGGAGGGCUGUGCUCUGACAGAGAGGGCCAAAGAGGAGGAGAGGGAGCUGGCUGUUAGAGCCCUCCCUGAGCAGGAGGAAAUAGCCACUGCUUCCCAGGAACAACAGGAGGAGCAGAGUGUAGCGGUCCACAUUUCUGAGACUUUGGAACAAAAGCCACAUUUUGAGUCAUCAACUGUGAAGACAGAAACCAUCAGUUUUGGCAGUGUUUCACCAGAAGGUGUAAAGUUAGAAAUUUCUACCAAGGAAGUGCCGGUAGUUCAUACAGAAACAAAAACCAUAACAUAUGAAUCAUCACAGGUGGAUACGGGUGCUGAUUUGGAGCCAGGCGUGCUGAUGAGUGCACAGACGAUCACCUCGGAAACCACCAGUACCACAACCACCACCCACAUCACCAAAACUGUGAAGGGAGGCAUUUCAGAGACGAGAAUUGAGAAACGAAUAGUCAUCACAGGGGAUGCAGACAUUGACCAUGACCAGGCGCUGGCUCAGGCAAUUAAAGAGGCCAAAGAGCAGCACCCUGACAUGUCAGUGACCAAAGUAGUGGUCCAUAAAGAGACCGAGAUCACACCUGAAGAUGGAGAGGAUUGACCACAGGAAUAACUUAGCUUACACAUGAGCCCCAUCAUGCCAACCAGUAGGAAAACCAGAGCCUAUGUGGAGUUCCCUCUUCUAACCCAACUGACUUGUAUUGGUGGAAAAUUUCAAUCCAGAAGAAUUGACCUUGACCAUUAAUAAAGACACUGGCAGAGAGAUCUUCCCAUAAUAAAGCAGUCCGAAUCAGCAUCACUAAACUGAUAUUGCAUGAAGCAAGAAUACAAUUACAAAGGAGCAGCAUUUUUAAUUUUCACAAAAUGUCUAAGUUUUCAGCCGUACCUGCACGCUCAUAACCAACAAUAUAAACAGUGAUCUCAUGUAACACAUAAACAAUCCAUGCCUUUCCUAGUUGAUGAUUAAAGUAUAAACAAAACUGCAAUUUCCUAGGUGACAGAUCUUUUGUUUACAGAUAAAAGAAAAUUAUCCUAAAAUGCUAGAAGCUGUAUAGGUCUGGCGUGGCAUGUUUAUCACAGAAUAGAUGUGCCAGUAACCAAGUUUAUUCAGUAAACAACUUGAAUCUUGUACUUGUUUCACCUGGUUUUCUUACUCUCACCCAUAAACAGUAACAACUCUCUGAUCGUACGAAAAUAUUUAAUGCUUACAAUCUUGCUUUGUGGAUCUAAUUUCAUUCAUUAGAAGGUAGUACUGAUUUCAGCAUAUUAAUGUCAUUUCUUCCUCGUCUCCUGCUUUGGUCUGCAUUCAAUCCAGAAAGUUUCCAGACUCCCUUAACAAGCCCUUAAUGUGUAAAUUGUCAUUAUUUGGGGAAGAAAACCUGUAUUUUUGUUAGUUUAUGAUAAUUAUGACAUUUUUCUCCAGAAAAACCUGUUAUGCUUUUGUUGCUUUGUUUUCUUUCUUCAUUUCUCUUUCCUUGUAUUUUUUAAAUUAAUUUUUCUUCUUUUACUUGAAAAACAGUGUUUUGUUUCCAAAUCUGGUCCAUAUUUACAAUCUAGUUCAGAUCCAAGCCUUAAAUUGUACAGAAUUUCCACUGUAAUUAAACUAUUUAGUGUUUAGUUAUAAAUAUCCUUCAGAAAGAUAUAUUGUCCAUUACACUCUCAAGUGCAUCACAGCCCAUGGUGAAUGUAUGUGUCUGCAUAGCAAAAUAAAAGCGGUAAAUGCAUUUAAAA